AUGACAAGCCGGAAAACCCCCGGUCGUCGCCCGCGGGCCCCGUACUAUGCUUCGUACAAAAAACGCUCCUCACCCGAUGCAGGCAGUGCAGCCCCUGCGUCGGCUGCAGUCAACGCUUCGUCGGCCGAAGCUCAGCCCUGCCUCCUUCCCCCCGGCGUCUCUUGGGAGGAAGUGUUAGAAAAGGCUGCCGCAGAACAAGAGGCGAAGCUCUUCGAGUUAUUCGAGAGGGCCAAGUACGGUGGCAAAAGCGAGCCAUCCAGCGGCAAAGACGAGCCAUCCAGCAGCAAAAGCGAGCCAUCCAGCGGCAAAAGCGAGCCGUCCAGCAGCAAGAGUACGUAA